AUGAGUGAAACACCUUCAACAAGUUACUCAGUGAAUCAGCCAAACUCCUCCGAGAGUGAACAGAGUCUAUCCACACGCCAUUUCAAUGUUACCGAACCUGUUGUGGCAAAACGGAUCUGUUUCUAUAAAAGUGGAGAUCCCCAGUUUAAUGGGAUCAAAAUGGUUGUUAAUAGCCGGUCUUACAAAACAUUUGAUGCCUUGCUGGAUAGUUUAUCUAAACGGGUCCCAUUACCUUUUGGAGUUAGGAAUAUUAGUACACCAAAAGGAAGACACAGUAUCACCAAUCUGGAGGAUCUUGAAGAUGGAAAAUCUUAUAUUUGCUCCCAUCAGAGGAAAAUGAAGCCCAUCAACCUGGAACAGGCUAGCAAAAAGCCACUGCCCUGGCAGAUCAGCAGGCCUGUCAGCGCUCAUGGAUUUGGACAUCGAGAAAGCAAAGUAACAACUCCCAAAAAGAUGCUUGUUUUCAAAAAUGGGGAUGUAAGACUUAGACGCACCAUAGUUUUGGGAAAGAAAAAUACACAAACAUUUGAGGCUUUUCUGGAUUAUAUGAGCGAGUUAAUGCAAUAUCCAGUUGUGAAACUGUAUACCACUGAUGGCAGAAAGGUUCCUAAUCUUCAGGCCCUGAUAUUGUGCUCUGGAGCUGUAGUCGCAGCAGGGAGAGAGCCUUUUAAACCAAGCAAUUACGAUUCUCUUGGGUAUUUGCGGCCUGCUAGAUUGCUUGGAAUUGGAAAUCGUGUGUACCCAAAAGCAAAUGCCAAGUCAGAAAGUGAAAAGAUGACAGCUGAAAUGGGCUCCAGCUCAAGAUCUCAGGUAUUCUCAGUUUCUUCUGAUAAAGUAUCCAGCAAUGAUAACAACUCAAACGAUAGCAACUCAGAUUCUUCCUAUGCUCUUGACAGUCAUAAUGGUAUGGAGGGAAAUCAGUCAGUUAUUGGUGAAGACUUAUCUGUGGCACAGUAUCAAGAUGACAUUGAGAAAUCUGUUCACCUUAAUCAAGAUGGCAGUAUCACAGUGGAAAUGAAAGUUCGAUUCAAAAUUAAAGAGGAAGAGACCAUUAAAUGGACAACCACUGUAAGUCGUGCUGGCCUUCCUGAUGACAAAAAUAUUUCCAUUUGCAAUUCUGCAGUGAAUGUGGAAGACUGCUUAUCCAAUAUAAAUGAAUCAGAAUGUGUAAACCCAAAAGAUGCUCCAUUUUUGAAGAGCUACAACAAAGAAGACGAAAUCUCAUUACAGCAAUCCAAUGCAGAAGUGUCAGACAAAGAAUCAGAGUCUGAUUUAAAAACUGCUGAUUGUAAUGUCUCUGAGAAGAACAAUUCUGCAGAUUUGGACUUAAGAAAUGUACCUGAGGAAAAUAUCAGGCCUCGUUUUUAUAGGCCUCCCACCCCUGGGCCAAGGCGUGUUAGACAAAAGAAAGCAGUAGUUGAAAGUGUGACCUUGGUAUCUGAGAAAGAAGUUCAAGAGAAGACAAUAGGACAGUUUUCCUACAGCGAGGAAAUAGACAAUGGAGAAAAAACAUCUGAGUAUUGCAUGGUAGCUCAUUCAAGCAGAAAAAAAUCAAGUGUCACUAAUCCAAAGUUUAGUGAGAUAAGUGGAAAUGGUUUAUUUAAGCUUUCUACAGAGAAUGUAAAAGAAGAAAUGCUUUUUAAAGUAAGCCACAAAAGUAGUGAUUUAAUAGAAACCACAAAUAGGAAGACAUUGGAAGUGUCUGAUGAGGGUGAAUUGGUACAGAAUAUAUUGGAGAAAUCAGUUGUAGAACAAGAUCCAGAGCAUUCAGCCUGUCCUGGACAUAGCCAGAUGAAGAUGCUGGUAUCUCAUGGUAGUAAAGCUCCUACUGAGAAAAUAAAUUCAACAACUGGAUUCUUUCCUACUCCUACUGUUACUGAAAGUGAUCAUCAAAUCAGUGUCAGGACUGAAUCUGUGAUGAUGACACAGAUCAUUGAUAACAGCCAAUCUGCACCAUCCCUCACCAAAAAGAAGAAGAAGAGAAAAUCGUCUAGCAUUCUAGAGCAAGGUCCAUGUGAAAAUCAAAAAGAUCAAGAAAUUUCAGGGACAAUUAAAAAGGAGGGAAUGCAUAUCACCAGAAAAAGCACACAGGACUCCACAACAGAGGCUGGGCAUAAUAAUUCUGAAAUGCCUCAGGAAAAAGGACCAGGAUUUUUUGUAAAUAACAAUAAAGGGUCUAUCAAUUCAGACAAAAGCAUAUGCCAUGAAGAUGAGUUCUAUCACCAGGAUUCAGUGGAACAAAAUGGAUCAUCAUCUAAUAAAAAAAAAAGAAGUAAUAACAAGAAGUUGGCCAAGGUAAAAUUAAAGUCAGCUAAAAAAAGUAGUAUCGUUUCAUCUGCAAAGAGUGAAGAUGGUCUAAUGACAGCUGAUUCAAACAAUGAAUCUGAACACAGCCAGGAGACACUGAGCACUGAGAAAGAAGGCAGACAACUUAUAACCAGUUCUUUUGAACAGACACCUAACUCAUCAGCAACUUCAAAGCAAUUGUCAGAAGUGUCAAAGAAUUUUAGCUUUGAAAAAGAAAAGGAAAAGAACAAUUUGGAAAAUUUGUCAUCAAAGAAAGAGAAAAAACAAAAGGCAAUGAAGAAAAAUCUAAGUAAAGGUGCAAAUAAGUCAAAUAUGUCAGGCAGUGCCAUUACACUAGAGGCUCUAAACCAGAAGGGUUUUCAAGAGGAGACUGCUGAACAGUCACUUGAAAACUAUGUCCAAAAUUGGCUGAAAAACUCAUUAUCAAAUUCUGUCUUACCCCCUAUAAAGAAAAAAGGAACUGUAGAGAAUAACAACAUCAGUUGUUUUCUUAAAGAAAAUACUGAUGCUUCUACAGAUAAAGAAAUGAGAUUUACCACAAAUAAAGUGCAUGUGACUGGAAAAAACCAUCUGAUUGAACAUAAUCUAGCAAAGAAACCAUUAAAACCUAUUGGUGAAUUGAGAACUUCAGAAGAAUCAGCCAAGGAUUCAGGUGAAAACCAAACUGACUCUUUGAUUCAUGCUAAUACAACUAUAGUAGAAGAAGCAAAGUAUUCGCUAAAGUCAGAAUGUUAUCAGGAUGCUAAGCUACACUUGUUUAAUGAAACACAUGAUGAUGACAAAAAGAUGGCAGAAGCUGAUAUUGAAGAUACCAGCCUAUGUCAAGAUACCAACCUAUGUCAAGAUACCAAUCUAUGUCAAAUGAAAAAAUCUGAAGUUGCUGUUCAAGUUGAUUGCACAAUUGUUAAUGAGAAAAUUGGAAUUGAUAUUCAUAAUAACUGCAUGUCUAGCAUGUUGCUGCAUGAACUACAAUCAACUCUGCUUGGUCUCCAGAAAGAACAUAGUGGAUGUAUAGGAAAAUCUUGCAGCCUUUUAGAUCUUUCUCCUUCAGAUUUUGGUUCUUCCUCCAAUGUCCUCUUAGCCUGGCUACUUCUACUGAAUCUGAGAGAGAGUUUGACUGGUCCAGUCAAAGAUGAUAUGGAAAAAACUGCCUGUAGCUGUUCUGAAAUCUUUACACACUUACAACAUCUGAAACAAACUACAAUCCUAGAAAAAGCUGAUGAGCUGAAGACUUUCUUGUCACAUUUUCAACAAUCAACAGAAAAUAAGUUAUUAGACUUUAAGAGGGAACUCGAAAAACAGGACUCUACACAUUGCCAUGAGAAUAUACCCAUAUCUGAAAUGGAUAGUGGUAUACAUUUGCAUGAACAGGAAGAAUCAGUCGAACCUUGGCAACAAGGUAACAGUGUCCAUUCUGAAGAGGCUCUAAAAUUAACUGGUGAAUUAGAAAGCAGGUUUGAUACCCAGAAGGAUCUUUGUAGAGAAACAGACACUUUAGACUUGACUGUUGGUCAAUAUGCCAAUAAUAAUUCAAAUACCUGUAGCCUCGCAUCAGAUAUAGAGCCUCCUGAAAGAAAUGAAGAAAUGCCUGAUAGCCUGUAUGAAAAAAAUCAAGAUAAACCCGCUGAUACAUCAUUCACUAAUGAAGAGUCAGAAACUUCAGUAGAACCUGGCUCGACAGUUCAUAGUGUGACUUCUAAUGAUAAAAAUUUUAUUUUAGAUCAGGAUACUUCAGAGUUAGAAGGGGAAAAAGAUAUUAUGAAUAUUACUACUGAUAAAAGUGAAGAUGAGGAUGUUGAUCCAAAGUCACCAGGUGAUGACAAAACCCCAGAUAACCAACUGUCUGCUGAAACUUCUGUAGGGUACAAUAAUGAGGAUUAUUCUGUACCAGACCACAAGGAAGAUGCAGAAACUUCUGAGGAAACCUCUGAGAGGUUAUCUACAGUCUCUCCAUUAUCAUUUCGUUAUGAAUCAAAGCAAAUUACAGACUGUGACAUGAGUGAAGGAGAACAGAAAUUGCAAGUAGAAGAACUGGAGAAUAAAAUGUGUUCAGACACUUCUCAAUUAAAAAAAUGCUUAAAAAGUCCUGCUACUUCAGACUGGUCAGAUUACAGACCAGAUAGUGAAGAGAGUGAUUAUAACUGUAGAGCAUCCAGUGACCUGACCAAUGAAAGUGGGGAGGAAGCAGUACUUGAAAAACAUUAUAAUACUGGCUAUGUAAGAAGAACUAUUGAACGACUUUAUGGCAAGACGGAAGCUUCAUUUAAGCCUGACUUUCACAAAGGAUUUCCUUAUAUGUCAAAAGUAUUCGAAAAGGAUACUGAAGGAUUCCACUCCUCAGUGGGAGAAAAAAUAAUUUAUUUUUCUCAAGAACCUGUGUCUUGUUCUGCAGAGAAAUUGUCACAUUCUUCACUACCAUCACAACAAUAUCCAGUUGACAUAUACAAAGAAGACACUACAUUGGGAAGAGAAAAUACUUCUUUACCAACACCACAGUCUACUCUCAAUAGAGAAGAGACAAGUUAUACUAAUGACUGUUUAGGGGAAUCUCCAAAGCAACAUUGUCAACCUAGCAUACAAGCUAGUGAAGAUGAAGGAAUCUUGAUAGAUAAAGGCAAAUGGCUUCUCAAAGAAAAUCAUUUAAUAAGAAGAUCACCACCUGAACGGAUUGGAAUGUAUGGUAAUUUGGAUACAACUUCAGUUGAUACUAAUAGUGAUGAAGCUCCAUACUCUCACUUUGGCAAUCUGAAUCACUACCCAGCCCUCGAUGAAAUCUCUUCUUCAGAGCUUGAAGACAUGGCUAAACCCCCUGAAAAUUUUUGCAACUACUUCAAUAUGCCUCAUAAUAGUGAUUCAGAACCAUUUCAGGAUGAGUUAAAUACAAAAAGCAAACCUAGCCGCAAUGGUAAGAUUCUUCCUGCAGGAAACAAAGAAAAGAUCAGCCCAUCAGUCAUGGUAGGUUCUACUUCCACACAAGCUGAUACCAAUUUUCCAGCCUUUUCAUCUGUAGAAUUUAGAUUGCCUGAUAACAAGGUGCAUCCAUUGGAAAAGCCUUUAAAUACUGAACCCAUACAGUCUCAGCCAACUGAUGUUAGUAAUGUUAACAGGAGUGCUCUUCAGGAAGAAGACUCUUUGGACAGACUCCAUGCUAUAUGCGGCCAACAUUGUCCAAUACUGAUGGUAACAGUAAUACCAAUUAAUGAGGAACAGAGAGGAUAUGCCUACCAAAAGGCAUCUGAUAUUGAGAACCAGCUGGGUUCACAUUUGUUGGCCGAAAAGAGUGAACAUUUAGAAUGGUCAGGUGAAAAUUUAAUUACAGACAAAAAGUAUCAUGUGACUUUGAAGAAUAACUCUAUCAAUAAGAUUGCCAAUAAUAUUUUUAAUAGAUUCUAUGCUGAUAACACCUUAGAUUUUGUUAGUAACUUUGGAAUACUUGCAUCUUCAACUCUGAGAGACACAAGUAAUUUAGGGAAGUUACAUAUUACCGAGGAUACGAAUGUAAAGUCCAUGGAAGUCAGAAAUUCUCAAAAUAAUGUAUCCAAACACAUACCCAGUGAUCUUGUGAUAGGCGCAAAUAGUGAGCUACCCAAUGGAAAGACAAAAAUAUGUCAUACCUUAAGAAUAAGUCCAAUUCAUAUUGUUGGAGAAAAAAAUUCUCCCAUGUUGGCAGAUCCAGCAGAAACCUCUAGGAAAUGGAAUGUGUCAGUCCUCACCAGUGAUAUGCUGUCUGCCGGAACAAGCUCAAAGGUUUAUAUUACAUUAUAUGGGGAUCAUGGCAGCUCGGGUCCUAUUUUUCUUGAUGGAGAGAAGGGAAAAUUAUUUCAGAGAGGCAAUGAAGACAUCUUCACAGUACAGUUGCUGAACCUUUUCUCAGAGGAGCAGUUUUCUUUCCCUGUACAUCGAUGGUUGGCCCAGGAUCAGGCUGAUGGGGAAAUACUUGUGGAGCUUCCUGUUUUACAGCAGGGUCAGCCUAUUCUUCCAGUGACUGUCUAUGAAGUGCAUGUGACAACAGGAGACCUGUGGAAUGCUGGAACUGAGGCUGAUGUCUAUAUUUCUGUCUAUGGAGAAAGAGGUGAUACAGGAUCGAGACAGCUGCUCAGGUCACAGAAAUCCAAGAAAUCCAAGAAAUUUUUAAAAGGACAAACUGACAUCUUUGCUGUUGAAGCUGUGCACCUUGGACAUUUGUACAAGAUUGUUAUAGGACACAAUGGUCUUGGAUCAGGAAGUGGCUGGUUUCUGGACAAAGUUGUAAUCAAGGAUCCUAUAACAUAUUUGGAUUAUACUUUUCUUUGUCACAGGUGGCUGGACCAGGGACAGGAUGAUGGCAAUAUUGUGAGAGAACUGGCUGUGACAGAUGCCAGCACUUUUCCAGGAAGACAAGAGCUGGAACUCAAGAGAAAAGAAACUUGGGCUGCUGAGAAGUGGAAAUUUCGGAAAGCCAAUACACUUCAAUUUUACAACAGACUCACCCAUGGCUUCAUUUGCCUCAACCCAGAUGGCAGAGUUGAUGCUCUUGGAGACACGAAAAACAAAUAUGGUCUUUUUGAUGUAAAUGUCAAAAGAGGAAAUAAAUAUAUAUUCAGCAGUCACCAGAUGCCACGUCUUGCACUUGCUCUUGUCAAUGGCCGUGUAACUGGAAAGAGCAAAGACAAGGCAUGCUGUGAGCUCCAUGUUCAUCUUCAACCAAAUGGUUGUGCCAUUCUUGAGUCAGCAAGCUACCCAGGUCACACUGUGACUUUCAAUCUCCAAGGCAAAGUAGCUGAUGAAACAACAGGAUAUGCUGGGCUUUCCAAAGAAUUUGUUGUGCAUGUCAAGGGCACAGGUGAUGAAUACUGUCACUUUAAAAUCGAGAAGAAUUUGGAAACUGGAUCUGUAAGCCUAGAAUCAGUGCGAAAUAAAGGGAUAUAUGUUGGUCUCCUGCCAGACGGCCAAACUAAACCAGUCAGUAACACUGGAGAAAGAAAUAUUUUCUUCUACCCACAGGUCAUCAAAUUUGGCCGGGAAGAGCCUAUGGGAACAUCUGCAGCACCCAACCAAGAGAAGAAAGACUUCAGAGAAUCUCGGCUCCAACCAGCAAAAACCCAGAAGUUGAUAUCUCAAAGCCCUUCAACUCCCCCACCCUCAAAGGAAAUGAGAAAUCUCCAAGGUGGUGAGUGUCCCCUUCCUUCACAUGAUGAAUGGAAAGUGUCAAUACUGACAGGAAAUAGAGGAACUGAAGCAAAUGUUGCUCUCUGGAUAUAUGGAGACAGAGGAGUAGCUGGACCGAUAACUCUUGGCAAGGACAACAGGAAGCAGCUGUUUCUUCCCAGGCAGGAAGAUAAAUUUCAGGUUAAAAUAAAAAGCAUUGGGAAUAUCUACAAGAUAAGAAUUGAACUUGAUGGAUUACCAAAUGAGCAAUCAGAGUGGAAUUUACAAAGGGUGACACUGCAACAUCUAAAGAGCAAGAAAACCUUGAAUUUUCCAGUAAACACAUGGUUGCCAAAGAAUCAUGAUGACAGAGCAUUUAUCUGUGAACUUCCAGUAUUGGAAGCAGGAAAACCUGUCUAUCCACUUGUUUUAUACCAUGUUUCUGUCUACACUGGUGACUUGGAGCAAGCUGGUACAGAUUCUGCAGUUUAUUUGUGCAUCUAUGGAAAAAGAGGAGAUUCUGGUCUAAGACUUCUGCAUAAAGCUGGUAUAGCAGCCACAUUUCAGAGAGGAAUGGUCAGUGUUUUUGCAGUGGAAGCUGUAUCUCUUGGGAAGCUGCAGAAGGUGCUGUUGCGCUGUGAGGCUAAUACCAAGUGCCAGUAUUGGUACUGUGAUAAAGUCAUUGUCAGAGAAGCUGAGAACAACUCAGAAUAUAUUUUCAGUUGUGAAAG